AUGAGUAGCAGUAGUGGGUCAAGCCAGGACGAUGCAGGGGAGCUUCGUAAAGGGCCAUGGACCGAGGAAGAAGACGCCCUCCUUCUCGGUUUCAUUUCCAAACAUGGCGAUGGUCGCUGGAAUUCCCUCGCUAAACGUGCUGGGUUGAGAAGAACUGGGAAGAGCUGCAGAUUAAGGUGGCUUAAUUACCUUAACCCGGAAGUGAAGCGCGGGAACCUCACACCGCAAGAGCAGCUCUUGAUUCUGGACCUCCAUUCCGAAUGGGGCAACCGGUGGUCGAAGAUAGCACAGUUUUUGCCCGGAAGGACGGACAACGAGAUCAAGAACUACUGGAGGACUCGCGUUCAGAAGCAAGCCCGCCACCUCAAGGUGGAUCCCAAUGGAGCCGUUUUCAAGGACAUUGUCAAGUGUUUCUUUAUUCCCAGGUUGCUUGAGAAGGUUGAAGGUUCACUUCCCGAUCCUCCUCCUUCUUCAGAACCAGCGGGAGCCAAUUUCAGUCAAAACCCACAAAGCUUUUCCGACUCUGUCGCGGAUUACAUUUCUCCUCCGCCGGAGUUACUUCCGCAGCUGCCAGAGCAGGGGAUUUUGCAGCCGCCGCCGGCGCUGCACGAUGUGCAACGGAAUGCUGGCGGCUGCUGGGACGUGGCGAUGGAAGCCAAUUGGGUGGAGGAUAGUCUAGCUGGAUAUGAAAUGUGGAAUAUGGAUGAGUUAUACGACUUCUAA